AUGGGAGACUCAUUGGAACAAUGGCGUGCUGCUAUCGGCACGUUUUGUCCUAGUGGACCUUCUCACGAAAAUACUUCAGUCCACUUCUGCUCAAAGAGAUCAUCCAACAAGUCGAAUGCUUCCCAAGUAGAGGGCAACAUAAGAAGUACCCGGGGCCUGAGAGUGUUUCCCUUGCUGCUGGUAAUUGUAACUUCGCUGCUGGUCAUAGGAGGCGUGCAGCUGAACCCUGGACCUAAAGACACGAAAUUUCCAUUUGAAAUUCUACUGAGUAGCGAGCACUCGACCUUAGACCACCCACUUGAUUCAGUAUUGGAGAGGCAUGGCUUGGUAAUCAUUGAGAAUAGUGGAAUGGGAGAUUGUCUAUUUGAAGCUCUCAGCGAUCAGUUGAAACGCCUCACGUCUGUUGAAGUUAAUGCAAGUGAUUUGCGUCAAUCUCUCCUGAAAUGCAUCCAAGAACAUACGACAUUGCCUAUUGGUGAGCAUGUUAUGACGCUUUUUGAUUCGGAGGAUAAUAAAGACUGGCAGCAAUUUGCAGCAACCCUUGAAUCAACUGAAGAUCUCCAUACUCAACAAUUGUCUUGGUAUACCGAUGAGUAUAUGGUGAGACCGGGUGUAUGGGGGGAUAAUCUCAUGCUGUAUGCCUUUGCCAAACUGUAUAGUAUAGAUGUCGCUAUAUACACGGCUGGAACUGAUGAACCGCAUACAAUAACAGCUGAUGAAGGACCUGGGGAUAAAGAAAGAAUGCUAGCAAGACUGGGAUAUAUCUCACACUUGCAUUUCGUUAGCCUUGUUAACAUUACAGAUAUCAAAUAUGGUGAGAUCAGUUGGCGAGCUAUGUCUGAUAGACUCGGAGACUUGUUUCUGCAGUUACUGAAUUCAGAGGUUGUUGAAGACAGAGAAACAACAGUAGGUCUGCUGAGCCAGAUGGUUGACAGUUUCUUUGAAGCUAAGAAUAUGAGUGUAAAAUGGCCCGAUGGUCUUCCUCAACUGGUCGACCAGCUGGUACAACGUGAACUUGAACGAUCAGCCGGAAUGGUCCCUGGCUUUCUCAAGCACACUGAUAGUAAAGAAACCCGGGCAUUUAUUAUGACUUUGAAGGAACGUGCUCCGAAGGAAUCAAGUUUGCAGAAGCUGCUUCAAUGGUAUGAAUAUAUGAAUGAAAUCUUUGUUGACGACAAUGGAGACAGAGCACAUUCUUUACCAGAUGGAAUUCCUUUAAGAGAUAGUAGGCAUGCGUUCGAUGAAGAUUCAAAGGAUCAGCUAAGCGAUGAACAUGGGUGUCUAUUUGAGCCUGACAUUAUAUAUAAUGUGUUAAGUAUUUCCAGAAAUAUAAGAAAAUUUCGUGAUUUUCCGUCAGAGUGUUCCCAGAAAGAUUUUGAUGAAAUGGCACUUCUUCUGAGUCAAAUUGUAGACAGCUCAAUAAAAAUUAAAGACAAUGUACGAGAUGAACUUAUUGAACUCGUAGUCAAAAUGGAAAGCAGUGUCCUAGAGAUGCUGAGUGGCGCCUAUAAACAAAUUUUAAAGGACAAUGGAGCCGUUGCUACCCGAGAUUACCUCAACAAGAAAAGAGACGCUGCAAGUGAAUCACGUGGCAACGUUUUGUUAACUCUUCUGGAUGGAUAUCAACGUAUGACCGGGGGCCGUGUAAAGGACAACGAAGGGAUUUCACAAUUGAAGAAGUUGCUGGAGAUAUGUGUUAACAAAAAUGAAGCAAUGAAAAGAGCGUAUGAUGAGAAGAUAGAUUACAUACCCGAAGGCACCGAGUCUAAAGACUGUGGGAUUACCAAGGCUAUGUAUGACUUAGGAAAAGAAAUAACAAAACAAACGGAAAUAGAAAAACAAGCUACACUAAUGUGUGAUUUGGGUAAAGAAUAUGCAGAUUUAGCAAAAGAAACCCGAGAAGGUUGGCAUUUCAACUAUGCAACAGCGCUGUACAAUGCCGCUUUACAACGAUUUAGAAAGAUUAACGCAGAAAACGAGGUAAUCUUAGCUGAUAGUAUUGAUAAUAUACAGAAACAACUGCAACAAUUAGAAACGGGCCUCCUUGAGACAGCAUUCAAAGUGAACAAGGAACCCCUCAGCAAGAGCAGAGAAAGGUACAAAGGUGUUUUAGAAGGCAUUCGAAAAUAUUCAAAAGAGGCGAUACAUGGUAUUCAAACGGAAGACAUGUUAAUAGACUCUGUGACGUUCGAGAUGAAUGAAGAAUGCCAAAGAAGAACGAUCGAAAAAAGUAAAUGUUUCUAUGAUACUCUGACGAGCAAGAUCAUAGAAUUACACAAACUCAUGAUAGAUGACUGUAUUUCAGUUCUAGGUCGUCCCAAUUGUAGGUUUGCAAUAAUUGGCUUGGGAUCGUUGGCUCGGAAAGAGGUAACCGCAUGGUCUGACCUCGAAUCAGCAAUUUUGUAUGACCCAACUGGUAAGUCAAAUGAGGAAAUUGAGAAAUUAAAACUUGAUUUUAGAAUCCUUGUUCAUUAUUUUCACCUAAAGGUUAUCAAUCUCGGUGAAACAAAGAUCAAUGCCUUGGAUAUUCCAGUUCUUUGCGAUUUCAAUAGUAAACUUCCGGAAGGUGUCAAAGAUAAUGAUUUUUAUGAUGAAAUAACCCCACAGGGUCUUUGUUUCGAUGGUGCCUUGCCACAAGCUAGUAAAAUACCCUUUGGUAGACGAUCUACAAAGCACCCUACAAAACAAGACACUUUAGAGUUGAUUAUGACAGUUGAUGAAAUGUCUGAAUGUCAGCUUGGAGAAGUCUCUCUCAAGGAAGGUUAUCAUCUAAGCGAUGUACUUUUAACAUCCACUCUGAUCACUGGGGAUGAAUCAUUGUGGAACGAGUACAAUGAAAAGGUCCACAAAAUACUUUCCUCUCUUUCAACCAUUGACCCAAAACUGUCUGUAGGUAAAGAAAGGGGAAUAGAAACGUUAAGGGAAGAUUUAAAGGCUUACCUCACCAAACCUCUUACGCCGGAGUCAUUCAAUUCACAAAUGCAUACAAAACACAAUAUUUACCGAUUUGCAACUGUAUCAAUUAACUCUCUUAAGUUUUUGCAUCAUUGUACAUCCUUUUCUUCCCUGGAUAUUCUCGAUGAGUUACACGAUAAGCAAGUACUGCAUGCGAGUGCUAAAAUAGAUUUACAAUUCAUGGUAUGCAUGGCCAUCAACAUGCGUCAUUUAGUAUAUGGUAGAUCAGGUCAACAAAGAGAAAUGGUAUCUUUUGUAACCAGGCCAUCUCAAGAUGAAUUAAUUGCAGAAUCUGAUCUUGUAUCAGUAAGAGAUUACGCACCUGCUAUUUUCCUGUUUUACUCCACACUCAUUCCGUGGAGAGACUUUUUGUUAUAUAACUACUGUUUUAAUGAUAUUUCAACGUGUAAGCAUCUAUUUCAAUAUAUGUACUUGAGUCCUCAAACAACUGCAAGCAUACAAAUGGAAAUGCAUAUGUUUCAAGAUGUGAUAAAUUCUCUCGAAUACCAAGAGUACCCAAGAACCCAAAAGGCUUUAGCAAAGUUAGACGCAUUUGGUGACGCAUCUUUCGGAAAGUGUGAGUUUGAUAAAGCUAUUCAAUCUUACAAUGUGAGUAUUAUAAUAAAAAGAAAAAUACACGGUUAUCAUCCUCAUCCUAAUAUUGCAUCUUCAUUGGGAAAUCUUGGUAAUGCAUAUAACAGUAAAGGUGAGUUUGAUGAAGCGAUUCAAUGUCACAAUGAGAGUCUUGAGAUGCAGAGAACAAUACACGAUAAUCAUCCUCACCCUAAUAUUGCAUUUUCAUUGGGAAAUCUUGGUAAUGCAUAUAACAGUAAAGGUGAGUUUGAUGAAGCGAUUCAAUGUCACAAUGAGAGUCUUGAGAUGCAGAGAACAAUACACGAUAAUCAUCCUCAUCCUAAUAUUGCAUCUUCAUUGGGGAGUCUUGGUAAUGCAUAUAACAGUAAAGGUGAGUUUGAUGAAGCGAUUCAAUGUCACAAUGAGAGUCUUGAGAUGCAGAGAACAAUACACGAUAAUCAUCCUCAUCCUAAUAUUGCAUCUUCAUUGGGGAAUCUUGGUAACACAUACCACGGAAAAGGUAAGUUUGAUAAAGCAAUCAAAUGUCACAAGGAGUGUCUUGAGAUGCAGGAAACAAUACACCGUAAUCAUCCUCAUCCUAGUAUAGCAUAUACAUUGUGGAAUCUUGGUAACGUAUAUAACAGUAGAGGUACAUUGGACAAACACUAUGUAAAAUCCCAUGAUUAA